AUGAUGAAUAAAAACAAUGUGACAGAGUUUAUUCUGUUGGGAGUUACAAGGGACCCAGAGCUGAGGAAAAUAUUGUCUGUUUUGUUUCUAAUUAUGUACAUAGCCACAGUCUUUGGAAAUCUACUCAUUGUGGUUACCAUAACCAGAAGCCCUAGUCUGAGGUCACCCAUGUACUUCUUCCUUUUAUCUUUGUCACUCAUGGAUGUCACUUACUCUUCUGUCAUUGCUCCAAAAUUGAUUAUGGACUCCCUUUCUGAGAGGACUAUUGUCUCAUUUGAAAGUUGUAUGACCCAGCUAUUUGCAGAACAUUUCUUUGGUGGUGUGGGCAUCAUCCUUCUCAUUGUGAUGGCCUAUGAUCGCUAUGUUGCCAUCUGUAAGCCUCUGCACUACAUGAAAAUGAUGACUCCUAGGGUGUGCUGCUUGAUGGUAGGAGGGGCUUGGGUAGGAGGAUCUCUGCAUGCAACCAUUCAGCUUCUCUUUAUGUAUCAAAUACCAUUCUGUAACUCAAAUAUCAUUGACCACUUUAUGUGUGAUUUGUUUCCAUUGCUGAAGCUGGCCUGCAUGGAUACACAUAUCUUGGGUCUCUUAGUCAUUCUGAACAGUGGGGUGAUGUGUGUUUCCAUUUUCCUUAUUCUCAUUGCUUCAUACAUGGUCAUUCUCUGCUCCCUUAAGUCUUAUAGUUCUGAAGGGAGACGCAAAGCCCUCUCUACAUGCAGCUCACAUUUCACAGUGGUUGUAUUGUUUUUUGUGCCAUGUAUUUUCUUAUAUAUGAGGCCUGUGGUGACAUUCCCAAUAGACAAAGCAAUGGCUGUGUCCUUUACUAUUGUUGAACCAAUGUUAAAUCCUUUGAUCUACACCUUGAGAAAUACAGAGGUAAAAUAUGCUAUAAAGAACAUGUGCAGAAAACAGGGGUGCCACUAA